UAACUCUCUCACUUUCCUUGUCUUUCUCUUCUGCUCAACAGACACCUGUUUUUUAUGCAUGUGAAAGAGGAUCUGCAUCGUGGACAUCUGCGGAUGUGCUCGGAGCAGGCCGAAGAGCUCAGCUCUCUCCUGGCCCAGGCCGAGUUCGGUGACUAUAACCAGAACACAGCCAAGUACUGGUACACUGAACUCUGUGGCACAGAGCCAAACCAAGCCACCAUCAACAGUAUCAUAGCCAAGCACAAGGCUCUAGAGGGUCUGAGUCAGGCGUCGGUGGAGUACCAGGCCCUGCAGCUGGUGUCGUCUCUGGAGCAUUAUGGGGUGGAGUGGCACUGGGUGCGGGAUGCUGAAGGACAGAGGUUGGCUAUCGGAGUGGGACCAGACGGUAUCGCUAUCUGCCGAGAGGACUUCAGCCUGGUUAACAGGAUAUCUUAUCCCAUAAUACAAAUUGCCACGCAAUCAGGGAAGAGCGUUUACUUGACUGUCACCAAGGAAACCAGCGACAGUGUGAUCCUGCUGUUCAAGUUAAUCAGUAAUCGAGCAGCCAGCGGUCUGUAUCGGUCCAUCACAGAGACGCAUGCAUUUUACAGGUGCGACACGGUAACAAACGCCGUCAUGAUGCAAUACAGCCGUGAUUUCAAGGGUCACCUGGCUUCACUUUUCCUCAAUGAGAACAUCAACCUGGGCAAGAAGUAUGUAUUCGACAUUCGGCGGACCUCCAAGGAAGUGUACGACUACGCCAGGCGCGCACUGUACAACGCCGGUAUCGUGGACAUGAUGUCGAGGCCGGGGGAGCGCACUCCGUCGUCCCGCUCGCCGUCCCCUUACCAGGAGGGGGCACUGGACUGCGGGGGCUGCCAGCAGAGCCGCUUGCUGCAGGAGAAGCUGCAGAAACUGCGGGAGGCGCUGCUGUGCAUGCUGUGCUGCGAGGAAGAGAUCGACGCCGCCUUCUGCCCCUGCGGUCACAUGGUGUGCUGCCAGAACUGUGCUGAACAGCUGCAGUCAUGCCCAGUGUGUCGUUCAGAGGUUGAACAUGUCCAGCACGUCUACUUGCCUACGUGCACCAGUCUGCUCAACCUGACCAUCGGCAGCGGCGGCGACAACAGCCCCGAACCCAUCCACCGAGGCAUGGCCUCCCACACCUGCACUACCAACGACUACAACGCCACUGAGAAGAUCUACCAAAACUAAGCUUGCCUGCCUCUCUUCCACAGGACUUUGAGUUCAGUUAACACGGUGAACGACUGCGAGUCAGAGCGCCGCGCCGGUUGGGUUGCUCUCCAAUGGUUUCAAAAACAUCAAUUCUUUAAGGAGCUCUUUUGUUGUUUAUGAAUGUUUGUCUCUUAAAAUAAUUGUCAGUUGAUCUGAUAAAUGUACUUUUGAGUGUGUUUUUUUU